CCUGGCCGUUUCAUUUGACAAGAGCAGACGACAGGUUUCGACAGAAGAAUUUGAAAUUUAAUAUACAAGGUAUAUUUGAAUGGCAAUAUUCAAUGAAACAUUAUUUUCAUCUGACUUGUAAAAACGUACGGUAUAUGGAUUAACAAUAUUUCGUUUACCUUUGCAUAGGUAAAUAAUAUUUCAUGGGAAUGGUGUAUGCUGGAAGGAUAUAUCUUAAAGUAUAGUUUUUUAAAUGGAUUUUAACAAUGUAAUAGUGCAAUAUAAUCAUGCCAGGGUGACAGACAGACGGCAGGUGGACAUUUACACCUGAAUAUGUCACUACUUCGGACAUUUCUAUUCCUGACAAUUUCCGGAAGUCCUUUGAUUACAGGAUGGGCUACGACACAAUCACCAGAAAACAGGCUACAAGGACCAAUAUUUCUCUCAGAACCUCCCAGCUCUCUAGUUUUUGCAAAUACCCACGGUGCUCUUGUUCCCUGCACUGCUUAUGGAAAACCUGCACCUGCAUUAGAUUGGAUAAAGAACGACGGGUCUGGUGUAGAUGAUGUUCCUGGAUUGCUUAAAGUUCUCUCUAAUAAUACUCUCCAGUUCUAUCCUUUUGAUGAUACUAGCUUUCAGGACGACGUCCAUACACAAACUUACAGAUGUCUGGCAAGGAACAUUGCUGGUUCCGUUUUAAGUAGACCAAUGCAAGUUAAAUCAGUUCUAAUCGAUGACUACAAGACAUACAAUCUACAGUUGACAGAUGUAUGGGCUAUGAAGGGGAGUACAGCAACGUUUAGAUGUGUCAUCAAUCCUUCUUAUGUUAAAGAAUAUAUUAAAGUAGUAGGCUGGACGCAGGGAACCAAACCAAUUGUACCAGGUGAAAGAGUCAGCUUUUUCCCUGAUGGAAAACUGCAAAUCCGAGAUGUUAGAGAUGAAGAUCGGUACACAACAUACAGAUGUAUAGCACGUAAUAUACUUACCAAAGAGGAAAAAGUCAGCUCCUUUGCAUAUUUACAUGUUCAUGAACCACCUGCUGGUUGGUCUCCAGCUGAAAUUGAUGACUAUUCAAAGAUUGUGACGGUUGCACAGGGAUCAGCAGUAGAAUUACCAUGUGUCGGACGUGGGAAUCCCCUACCCACCUAUAGAUGGAGCUUCCACGGAAAAGAUCUGAGUAUUGAUAAUGUCCUUUAUGGUCAGAGAGGUGGAAAUCUUUUCAUAAAAAAUGCACAAACAGUAAACAGUGGCGACUAUACCUGUAACAUUUCCAACUCACAUGGAUCAGCAAUUGUUAAGACUCAGCUUAUUGUCACAUUACCACUGUCGGUGAAAAUUGAUCCUCCGCAACAAAUAGUAGAUUCGGGACAGUCUGCAUUUUUUAACUGUUCUGUGAAUGGUUAUCCAAUCAAAUCCAUCCAAUGGUAUAAAAAUGGUCAUCCAUUGGUCAAAGAAGAUAGAAUGACUAUACAGGAUGAAACAUAUUUGACUAUCAAUGAGGUCAAUAGAAUGGACCAAGCAAUGUACCAGUGUGUUAUAACAAACGAUAACGAUGGAGCACAGGGAACUGCUCAACUGUUACUAGGUGCCGCUCAUCCAGCUUUUGUUGAUCUAUUUGCUGAUCAAUAUGUUCAAAUCGGGCAAAAGACAUCGAUAAAGUGUAACGCAGCUGGUAAUCCAACACCUAAUGUAUCAUGGACUUUAGAUGGACAAUCUUUACCUCAUGACAACGAAUUAAAAGAAGGAAGUUUCAUGAACGGCCUUGGUGAAGUUAUCAGCUAUGUCAACAUAAGUAGUGUUGAUAUAGUAUAUGGUGGAGAAUACACAUGCAAAGUUUCUAACGAAGUUGGAACGAUUUCACAUUCUAGCAGACUUAAUGUUUAUGGUAUCCCAUGGGUUAGACCGAUGAAGAACAUCACUGCCACGGCUAAUCAGCCAUUGGUUAUCACGUGUUACGUGGCUGGUUAUCCUGUAUCUUCUGUAAUAUGGUCUAAAGAUGGCACAGCUUUACCACAUAACCAUUUACAACACAUUGUUGGUGGAUCACUUACUAUCGAUAAAGUUCAGAAACGACAUGAUUCUGGAAAGUAUGUUUGUACAGCUAGAAAUUCAAAUGGCCAAGGAUCAAAUCAAUCUGUGUAUAUCAAUGUAGUCGAACCUCCAAUGAUUGAUCCAUUUAUUUUUCCUGUCAAGAAACAGGGUGACAGAAUUGUUAUGUCAUGUGUAGUAAGUAGUGGUGACCAACCUAUAAAAAUCAAAUGGACAAAAGAUGGACAUAACAUUCCACCAGAUAUGGGCAUAAAAAUUCAGCUUUUAGAUUCAUACACCAGCAUGUUCAUUAUUGGUGAUGCCAGUACCAAGCAUACCGGAAAUUAUACCUGUCAAGCUAGUAACCCAGCAUCUACGGUGACAUAUACAUCUUUACUGCAAGUGGAUGUUCCACCAACGUGGAUAAACGAACCAGAAGAUUCUUUCGUAAUUCUGAAGAAAAAUGUAAUCCUUGAUUGUCUUACUAAUGGAAUCCCAGCGCCUAAGAUUUCAUGGAAGAAAGGUUUAGGUGACACCCUUGGGUCUUAUCAAGCGUUGCCUUACAUGGAAGAUAACAGUGAUAAUUCCAGUCGGUUACAGCUGUUGAGUAAUGGCACACUUGUAAUCAGAAAUGCUGAAGAAGAGGAUCAUGGGCAUUAUCUCUGUCAUGCUGACAAUGAUGUAGGAUAUCCUCUCAGUAAAGUUAUAUUUCUCACAGUGCAUAUUCCAGCAAGAUUUGACGAACCCAGUAAGAAUUAUUCUGUAAUAAAAGGACAAAAUACAACUUUAGAAUGCCAAGCCGUUGGAGAUAAACCAAUGUCUGUGUCAUGGAGUUUUAAUGGAAAAUCGUUAUCAUCAUCUUCCAGGAAACAGAUAGAGAGAAUUACUACACACAGAGGAAUGUUAUCCCGCUUGGUUAUACGUCCAUCUGGAAGAGAUGACACCGGGUUUUAUGUGUGCACUGCUGCUAAUAAAUUUGGAAAUGGCAUAUUGUCUAUGAGACUUGUUGUACUUGAAAAACCAGAGGUACCACUUAAUUUAACAGUUGUCAGCAAAACAAGCCGUGAAACAGUAAUAGAAUGGAAGAAACCAUAUGAUGGCAACACAGAUAUAUUGUUUUAUGUUAUAGAAUAUAUCAAAUCCACAGGUACGUGGCAGGGAAUAAUUCCAAAUAUAACAGUACCAUCUACAGAAUUAUCGGUGAAUAUACCAAAUUUGAAGCCAAGUGUGCCUUAUCUGGUGAGAAUUCGAGCUAACAAUUCAGUUGGGUACGGGAUACCUUGUCAACCAGUAGACAUUGUAAUGUUAGAGGAAGCUCCUUCAGGUCCACCCCAGAAUAUAGAAGUGACAGCCUUAGGAUCAGAAUCCCUACAAAUAACAUGGAUGCCGCCAGCAGCGAAGCACAUCAAUGGUAAAAUACUUGGUUAUUAUAUUGGGUAUAAGAUGACAGAAAGCCCUGCCAGGUUUUUAUACAUACCAAAAGUUAUCGGAAAAGACUUUAAACCAGAGCAUACACUACACAAUCUUGAAAAGUUUACAGAAUACUCGGUACACAUACAAGCUUAUAAUGCCAAAGGACGUGGUCCCUCUUCUCCAGAUUAUAAAGUGUUUACCUUGGAAGAUGUUCCUAGUCAGCCUCCACAAGGAGUACAAGCUACAUCUAUCAACUCUCGAAGCAUUAAAAUAAUAUGGUCACCUCCUCCUCUAUAUACCCUUCAUGGUAUACUACAGGGAUACAAGAUAUUGUACCAACCAGUCAGAGACGAUGAAGAUGAAAGUGAUGCUAACACAUUAAUAACUGAUAAUCUGGAAGCCAUUGUAACAGGAUUGUCCAAAUAUACCAACUACAGCCUACAAGUACUUGCAUAUACUAGGAAAGGAGUAGGAGUUAGAAGUCCUGCUAUAUAUGUAGUUACACAACAAGAUGUUCCAGAACGCCCAGCGGAUAUUAAAGCUCUGCCCGUGGACAAUAGUAGUAUUUUGGUGUCUUGGAAGCCCCCUCUUCACAGUAACGGAAUUCUUACUCGAUAUAAUGUUUACAUCACAGGUGGAACAUACAAGGAAAAAACACCAAUGAAAUUAGAUGCUUCAAAGUUAACUCUUCUGUUGUCGAACCUAUCAAGUAAUUUGGAUUACCUUUUUCAAGUGUCAGCAAAUACAAGGAUGGGAGAAGGAAAACGAACUCAAAUUGUAUCGGGGUCAAUACAAUCUAAAGUUUCAGCAAAAAUAGCUAGUUUUUCAAGUGUGUUGACUAUUCCAUGGCAUCACCCGUUGAAUUUAUCAUGUCUUGCUGUAGGGAUUCCCUCACCAAAAAUUGCAUGGAAAAUCAGAGGUAAAACUAUGGUUCCUGACAAGCGAUUUAAGUUUUUACCAGAUGGAUCACUGUAUAUUGAUGCUGUUGUAGGAUCUGAUGCUGCUAAUUAUACAUGCCAUGCAGAAAACACUCAUGGAACAGAUCAAAUAGUGUAUGCCGUUAGUGUCCAAGUCAGUAACACAAUCGGCACUCCACCUAAGCCACCUGUAUUAUACGUUGUUACUGGAACUGCUAGCACAAUACAAGUCAGCUGGAAAUCUGGGAGUAAUGGCGGCAGUCCAAUACAAAGAUUUUCAUUGAGAUAUAAAAAAGAACAUGAAGAAUGGAAACAUAUGGACUUGGGGUCAAGUAACAGGUCUUAUACAGCAUCACGUCUUUUGUGUGGGACCUCAUAUAAAUUUGUACUUAAUGCUCAAAACAAGCACGGAGACAGCCCUGACAGUAAUGUAGUAUCAGCUAAGACCAAUGGAUCUACUCCAAUAAUGCCGGCAAAGAGCAUGCUUCUGAAGGCAACAAAUGUAACUUCUGUUGACCUGGAUAUGACAUCAUGGCUUACAGCUGGAUGUCCAAUCAAAUUUUAUUCAAUAAAGUACCAAGUUUGGGGAGAUGACAAAUGGAAAGAAGUCGCAAACCACAUUGACUGGAAUGUUACAUUGUUCCGUGUGUUGGACCUUCAUCCAGCUACUUGGUAUAAAAUGAUCGUUACAGCAUACAGUGACGCUGGUUCUACAGAAGGUCCUUUAGAGUUUGCAACCCUUAACUAUCAUGGAGAACUAAUAACUCCUAUCUAUAUAUCUAACAAAUAUGAGAGAAGAUUUUAUGAAAAGGAAAUUGUGAUGAUUCCUCUGUGUGCUGGUAUUGUAUCAACCUGUGUACUGCUGGUUGGAGUUUUACUUUAUUGCAAAAGGAAAAGAGAAUUACUCAGACUCAAAGAUACAUUUAAAUUAUCUUCAAAUCUCCGACGAGACAUUACAGCAGAAACUUCCCUUAUGAACGAUCUUGACAAAAGAUUAAACUGUGACUACGACAGCAGCAGUGGCAAUUCCGAACCUUUCACCAAAAGAAAUGUAAACCUUCUGAUGUCCUUGAACUCGGAUGACAAUUUACUAGAAAACAGUCCAUCGUGGUUGUUUAACACGGACACGAGUAAAAGUAAUAGUGAAAAUGGAUCAUUUGAAAAAUCAGAUGACGAUGGUAACAUUAAUCCUUAUGCAACGUUUAAUGAAAUGAAGCAAGCACUUACAGAAAGAACAACAAACGAUAUGGAUGAUAUAAGUCUUGAAAAGGCAGAAGCUCAAAGAGCUAUGCUGACCGAGCCGUACGUGCCAUUUUAUAAGCAGAAGACAAAAUAUCCUGAGAAAUUAGCCCCAGUUCCUCCUGUUAAACCUCCAAACAUUAAUCCAACAUCCAACACCGAGGGAUAUGACAAUGAAGGUAUGGCUUUGAGCCCACGUAAAUAUGCCAGUGCAGAUCAAAUACACGCGUUGUUCACAACUAGUCAUGGAAGACAACACAACUUAUACGGAAAAGUCAGGAAUACACCACAUCAUGCUUCUGAUGAUAAAGCAAGUUUAAGACAUAGUAUUAUAUCAAGUGUUACGACAGUAUCUUCAAGCCGUGAUGAACUAUUGGAAGCGUUAGAGAAUGCUAGGCGUAAUCCUCCACCGUCUGUCCUUUAUGAAUCACAACAGGAUACUAGUUCACAGCUUACUGAUAGUCCUGGUGAACCUGGUAUUCUUCAAUUCACCCAAUCACCACCUAAACCCAAUGAACAAAGAGAGGCAGCUUGCCAAUUUCGACCUAAACAAGAUAAGAAAUGGACAGGACAGAAGAUAGACAUAGAAACAGACGUGACAGAAAUUGGAAAACAGUCUACUGUACAUCCACGGAAAACGAGAGGGAAACAUAAAACUAAACAAAGGGGUCAAUUGACAGGAAAAAGAAAUGUUUCCCAAAAUGUAAAGAGAACGCCUAGUAUGAAUAGCACAACGAGCAGUGAAGAGAUAACUUAUACAUUUGGAGGCAAAGAAACGCCACCGCUAUACAGUCCAUCUGAAGGUUAUCUUUCAUAUCCACAUGAAAGUUAUCCUGAAUCAGACUACAGCAUAAGUAAAAGAGUAGGCAGAUCUACACCUCAUACAAAAACUAGAUAUGAUGUCAGUUUACAGACACCAUUAAGUGAUGAAAACAAACCACUGGUGGCCUCUUUUGCAAGACAGGGUUUAGCAAGUUCAACAGAACAGGACGAAGAAGCUGUCAGACUGUUGGAUAGGCAUUAUAGACCUGUAGAAAUUGGAGGUGCUGUGAUAUUAACAGACAGAACAAGGUCCUCAGACAAAGGCUACACAGACGAUUUUACUAUAGUUUAAAUUAAGUGACCAAACAAAAUAUUGUAUGUGGUAAUCAGUAUUUAGUCGUUGCCAGAUGAUUAAUAUGUAUCAGAGGAAUAUUUUCUUGAUAUGCGAUAGGUUAAAUCGUAAAAUGAUUCCCUUACGUUGUCACAAAACUUGUCUUUCUGUUAAUGAAGUGACAAUGAAUGUCUUGAAGCAAGUGAACCUUGCAAACGUUUAAGUUCAGUUGUCAAAAACAGUAACCAAAUAAAUAAUAAGAUGUUUAAGCAUUUGAAACAUUGUGCCUUUGUAUAUUUAAUAUGCAAAUGCUGGUUAAAUAUUAAAGAUCAAAACGAUUAGUGUGUAAAUAUCACAUCAGUAUUUAUGUUUAGCAUGUAAUAUCAAAUCAGUAUUUAUGUUUAAUGUGUAAAUAUUAGAUCAUAAUUUAUGUUUACAAAUAUACUUUAUAUUGAUAUUCAUGUUAUUUUAUGAUUACAUGAUGAACUGUCAAUUUAUAAUUUAUCGACCUCAUGUCGGAUAUUUAUAGAGCAAUUUUUGGGAUGUGAAACAUGACAUUGGGCAUUUUGAUUUUCCUUUUUCUCUGUUUUUGGUUUUAUCAAUAACGCAUUAUUAUAUGUUUCAUAAUCGUGUUUCGGGUUUUUUUAGUAGAGUCAAACCAUGACUCUCAGAAACUAAAACUAAUCAUUCUGCUUAGAUUCUAUAGAAUGGAAUGGUUGUUUUAAAUCAAACUAAAUGAAGCAACAACUGUUUCUUGUACAUAAGUAAAUCACUGUUGCUUCUUACUCAUCGCCCACUAAAUAUGAUAACCAUCAGGUAAAUGACUUUACAGUAUUUAUCAUUAUUGUUAUUAAUAUGGUUGUGUUAUGUUGUUGUUUUGGUUUAGUUUUUUUUUCAAUUAUCCUUAAUGGAUACGGCUUUAGCAAUAUAUUAAGUAUUUACAAAGAGAAGUCUGGUGUUUACAUUGCCAAUUUCGUCCUCCUUUUUGAAUCCUUAUAUUAAACUUAUGCAUCGCUGUCAGUGUUAAAUACAUAUUUUGUACCUGUCACUCAUUAUUGAAAUGUUUAAUCAUGGCAUAUAUUCAUAUUGGUUUUACUUUACCAAUAGGUUAAAGUAAAAAACUUGUUCAUUAUUAUGCAUUAUGACAAUGUUUUUUAAUGUUUAAUAAGUCUUUGUAAAUACCAUAAAUAUAAGUUGUCAUUAGAUACUUAUCUUUGUUUUUUUCUAGUCAAAUUGUAAACCACUGCCAUGUUUUAUUUAUUUAGUUUUGCUAUUUUUAUUUUUAUUUUGACAAAGUCAUAUUUAUUAUUUAGUUUUCGUUUUUUCUCAUGUGAUUCGUGAUAAAGCAAAAGUGCAAUAUUUCUAAGUUAUGUUUACAUGUGUUUGUUUUGUAUAGAGAAAUUUCAUUGUAUAAAGUAGUGCAAAUGUGAGUUAUGAAUGUUGAAUUGUGUUUCCUAUUUGUGAUAAUAUUUUUGACUACUCUUAAUCAAUCACACGAUUAGAUUAUUUCAAGCAAAACAGGCGUUUCUUUUCUGCUUCAAAAUUCGUACGUUUACUUUUAAACCAUAUGGUUAUAACUUGGCAUAGCUGUUAUUCUCCGUCUUAAAUUAAAUCACUAUGAUUAAAAUUUAAGAGAAGUGAAAAAUAAGGUCAUUCUAGAAUUGUUGUAUACAAACGUAACAAAUUGAUUUAUCAAAUAAUAUCUUUACAGAUUUUUGUUUCUAAUUUCAAACUCGUUUGAAUGAUAAUGCUAUCGUUUCAAAAUGACUCAAGCAUAGCAGUACAAGAAAUAGAUCAAAAAGAUUCAAUCAGCAUAAUAAAUAGAAUCGAAUUAUUUCUUUGCCGAUAAAGCAACCAACAUUCCUUUUUCCAUGAACAUUUGUUUUUUUUUAUAAUCUUGAGUUAUAUCUUAAGAUUAGAUUUGGAAAACUUAUCUUCCUUUCAAUCAUAUAAGUACAAUUAAUUUUUAAAGUAAAUGGAAUCUAUGGAAUGUAAGAUGCAUUGAUACCUCUUUGAUACUGAAAUUCAGAAGAAGUGCAAUGGAAUAAUUGAUGUAAUAUGGUGAUAUGUAAUUUGUAAGUUAUAUAUAACAGUUACAUAUGACAUUUUGUUAUAAAAUAUAUUGAUAUAAAGAGUUGAAUUAAUAGAA